UACGCAGUGACAUUUGAAAAUCAAAAACACCCAUUUUCAAUUUCGAAUCCGAUAUUUUUAACAAAAUUUUGAUAUAAAAUGGCAGAUUUCGAGGACAAUUUCGAGCAAGAUCCCGCCGCAGAGUUCUUGCAACGCGAACAAAGUGCAUUAGCUGGCUUGGAAGACGAGAUUCCGCCAGUAGCGAAUGCUCCAACUGAAAAUGGUACAACUACGGGACUUGAGUCAUCAGGCAGCUUUGAAGUUAUCAAUAAUGUUGAGCAGCAAGACGACGAGACAGCUGCUGCUGCCAAUACGAAUGGUUUCGAUGGAGAAGAUCCAUGUCUAAAUGACGAUUUUUCAGGUUUUACAGUGCCUAAACAGGUCCAAGAAGAACCUGAAAAAAUCAAGAGAUGGCGUGAAGAACAAAAGAAACGCCUUGAAGAGAAGGAUGCCGAAGAGGAGACCAAGAAAACGGAAUUGCGCGAACAAGCCCGCAAAGAGCUCGAGGAUUGGUACAAACAUCACGAAGAUACCAUUUCGAAAACGAAAUCCACGAAUCGUGAGUCAGCCAAAAAUGCUGAAAAACAAUUCGUAGCCGAUGACGAUGAUAUUGAGCCCGGCACAGAAUGGGAACGCAUCGCGAAGUUGUGCGAAUUCAAUCCAAAAACGAACAAGGCAAGUAAGGAUGUGUCACGGAUGCGUUCAAUCAUUUUACAAUUGAAGCAACAACCAUUGACAAAGAAGUAAGAAUCUUCUGAAUCACUCUCAGCAUUCCUUUCUUUUGUUUAAUUUGGAUUAAAUCUAUAAAAAAAUGUUUCGAAAAGUAUGAUUUAUAAUGUAGAAUAUUUAUCUACUAUUAAUAAAUAAAAAAAUUGUUUCACAUAAAAAAAGAGUAAUUAAAUAAUAAAUAUAAUUAUAUAUUGCAAUGUAAUCAUUAAAAAAUAAUAAUUGAAAAUAAAGAAAAUUAUA